AUGAAGCCAUACUUUGGACUUCGAGGUACGAACCUCAAUAUCAUGAUCAGUGUGAUCGCUGGUCUUGAUUUCUUGCUUUUCGGAUAUGACCAAGGUGUCAUGGGAGGUCUAUUGACCCUGAACUCAUUUGUUAAAACCUUCCCUGAAAUCGACACCACCGAGUCCAGCUCAUCAACAAGCAACAACUCUACUACACAGGGUAUCACCGUUGCUUCAUACAACCUGGGUUGUUUCUGCGGCGCAAUCUUCUGUAUCUGGAUCGGAAACUACCUCGGUCGUCGCAAGACUAUCUUCGCCGGUUCCAUCAUCAUGGUCAUUGGUGCUACUCUCCAAUCAUGCGCUUACUCGCUACCGCAUCUCAUUGUUGGUCGUAUCGUGACUGGUAUCGGGAAUGGCAUGAACACAUCUACUGUUCCUACCUGGCAAUCGGAAUGCUCCAAAUCUCACCACCGCGGCCAGCUAGUCAUGCUAGAAGGAGCCCUCAUCGCCGGCGGAAUCACAAUCAGUUACUGGAUUGACCUAGGAUUCUCCUUCCUCGACCCGAGUUCAGUGGCAUGGCGUUUCCCAAUUGCCUUCCAAAACAUCUUCGCCCUAAUCAUUCUCUUCUUCGUGCUUCCUCUACCGGAGUCGCCUCGCUGGCUAAUCCUCAAGGGCCGCGAAGAAGAAUCCCUAGAAGUCCUAGCCGCCAUCCUCGACAAAGAAGAAAGCGACCCCUACGUCCUCUCGGAAUUCUCCGCCAUUAAAGAUGCCGUCAUGGAAGCCUCCAGCGUCAGCAUGCGCGAUCUCUUCACAAUGGAUGAGGAUCGCCACUUCCACCGUGUCGUCUUGGCAUAUGUCAACCAGAUGUUCCAGCAGAUUUCUGGUAUCAACUUGAUCACAUACUACGCUGCUACGAUCUAUGAAUCCAUUGGAAUGGAUGGGUUGACAUCCCGUAUCUUGGCUGCUUGCAAUGGAACCGAGUAUUUCCUCGCAUCUCUAAUUCCGAUUUUCAUCAUUGAAAAGGUUGGUCGCCGGCCACUGAUGUUGAUUGGUGCCGCUGGAAUGUCAAUUUCGAUGAUCGUCUUGGCUGUCACUACUAGCUUUGAGGGUAAUACCCAGACUGGUAUUGCGGCUGCGGUUUUCCUGUUUGUUUUCAAUACUUUCUUCGCAUUGGGUUGGUUGGGUAUGACUUGGUUGUAUCCCGCUGAGAUUGUCCCUCUGCGCAUCCGCGCCCCCGCCAACGCCCUGGCAACUUCAGGCAACUGGAUCUUCAACUUCCUAGUUGUAAUGAUCACCCCAGUCGCAUUCGACUCAAUCAAAUACAGAACCUAUAUCAUCUUCGCAGUCAUCAACGCCUUCAUCUUCCCAGUAGUCUACUUCUUCUACCCAGAAACAGCCUACAGAUCCCUCGAAGAAAUGGACACAAUCUUCCACAAGACAUCCAGCAUCUUCGACGUCGUCUCCGUCGCUCGCAACGAAGCCCACCGCUACGGAAAGAAUGGCGAGCUUCUUAUCAACUACCAGGAUACGGAGGAGCAUCUUCGUCGUGCUAGCUAUGUUUCGGAUAAGCAGCAUGGUAAGGUGAAGGAUGUUGCUGAUCUUGAGAAUGGGAAGGGGACGCAUCUUGAGCAUCGGAAGGAGAGUUCUUCUGAUAGUAACUGA